AUGCUCGGCGCGCUUGGCAUCGUCUUCUCCGAGAUGCUGGCGCGCAACGGCGUGGCGCUGCAAGAGGCGGUGUGGUUCAAGGCGGGUGCACAAAUCUUCUCCGAGGGCGGGCUCGACUACCUGGGCAACCCCGGGCUAAUCCACGCGCAAAGCAUCCUCGCCACGCUCGCCGUUCAUAGCUACAGCGUGGGUGGUUUGGAGGGGUUCCAAGAGGUGGAGGAUCCGAUCUACUCGUGCAACGCGUUCGACCCGCUGGGGCUGGCGGACGAUCCCGACGCGGCGACGGAGCACAAGGUGAAGGAGCUCAAGGACGGCCGCCUCGCGCAGGUGUCUGUGCUUGGCUUUUCGUGCAGGCGAUUGUGA